CCGGCCGCGCGGGCCAUGGCGGCGGCGGCGGGGCAGCCGCGGCGGCAGCGGGCGCCGGUGCUGAGCGCCGCCACCAUGAACCCGGCGCUGCGGCGGGUGGAAUACGCCGUGCGCGGCCCCAUCGUCGCCCGCGCCCUGCAGCUGGAGCAGGAGCUGCGCCAGGGCGUCCCCAAGCCCUUCACCGAGGUGAUUAAAGCCAACAUCGGUGAUGCCCACGCCAUGGGGCAGAAGCCCAUCACCUUCCUGCGGCAGGUGAGCGCCGCGUGCCUGUGCCCGGAGCUGCUGCGCCAGCCCUGCAUCGCGGACGACGCCAAGGAGCGCGCGCGGCGGCUGCUGGCCGCCUGCGCCGGGCAGAGCGCCGGUGCCUACAGCGCCAGCCCAGGCCUGGAGCUGGUGCGCCGGGACGUGGCGCGCUUCCUCGAGCGGCGCGACGGCGUGCCCGCCCGGCCCGAGGACGUCUUCCUCUCCACGGGGGCCAGUGAUGCCAUCGUGACCAUCCUGAAGCUGCUGGUGUCCGGGGAGGGCCCGUCGCGGACGGGCGUGAUGAUCCCCAUCCCGCAGUACCCGCUCUACUCGGCCGCCAUCGCCGAGCUCAGCGCCGUGCAGAUCAACUACUACCUGGACGAGGAGCACUGCUGGGCGCUGGACGUGGGCGAGCUGCGGCGGGCGCUGGCCCAGGCCCGCCGCCACUGCGCCCCCCGCGUCCUCUGCAUCAUCAACCCGGGCAACCCCACCGGGCAGGUGCAGAGCCGGCAGUGCAUCGAGGACGUCAUCAAGUUUGCGUUUGAGGAGCAGCUCUUCCUCAUGGCCGACGAGGUGUACCAGGACAAUGUCUACGCCGAGGGCUCGGCUUUCCACUCCUUCAAGAAGGUGCUCUUCGAGCUGGGGCCACCAUACACGGACGUGGUGGAGCUGGCCUCCUUCCACUCCAUCUCCAAGGGCUUCAUGGGCGAGUGCGGGUUUCGCAGCGGCUACGUGGAGGUGGUCAACAUGGACCCUGAGGUGCGGCAGCAGCUGACCAAGAUGGUUUCGGUGCGCCUGUGCCCACCCGUGCCCGGCCAGAUUGUCCUGGACGCCAUGGUGGACCCACCGCAGCCCGGCGAGCCUUCCUACGAGCGCUUCAUCGCCGAGAAGCAGGCGGUGCUCAGCGCCCUGGCGCACAAGGCCCGGCUCACCCAGGAGAUCUUCAACCAGGCGCCCGGCAUCCACUGCAACCCCGUGCAGGGCGCCAUGUACUCCUUCCCCAGGAUCGAGCUGCCGCCCCGCGCCGUGCAGGAGGCCAAGGCGCAGGGCCAGGCCCCGGACAUGUUCUUCUGCAUGAGGCUGCUGGAGGAGACGGGCAUCUGCGUGGUGCCAGGCAGCGGGUUCGGGCAGCGAGAAGGCACCUACCACUUCCGGAUGACCAUCCUGCCGCCCACGGAGAAGCUCCAGGUGCUGCUGCAGAAGCUCAGCCAGUUCCACGCCAAGUUCACCAAGGAGUUCUCCUAACGCCGGCCCCGGCCGCCUCCGCGUGCCUUCAGCCUCCAAGUGCCUUCCCGGGGCGGACACGAGGGCACCCCGUGUCCUGGGGCUGGUCCCCCCCCCGGCUCCCCGUGCCCCCCCGGGGCUCGGCUCCGCCGCCCGGGCACGGCGGGUGGGGCUGGCUCUCCCCUCGGAAACCCCCAAUAAAAGGGUAGUGGACAGGC